UUUUCAGUCAUUGGACAUAUUCAGAAUAAUGCUUACAGAAAUUCUUCUCAUAGUGCUGUGAAAUCAUGGGAGCACAAACUGUCUCCAGGAAAGUGAAGGCAUUUUCAUUGGAAUGGAAUACUCAUCAGACAGUUCUGGCAUCAUGGAUGAAAGGUCUAAAUGGUUCAAGCCAUUUUGCAGAUGCAGUCAUUUGCUGUGAGAAGAAAUCAAUGCGUGUCCACAAGCUAGUUCUUGCAGCAGCUAGUGAAUACCUUGAGAACUUAUUUAUUACAUUGUCUUCAGGAACACCUGUAAUCUUUUUGCAUGAUGUUCGAUUUCCUGUAUUGGAGAGCAUUGUGAAAUUCAUUUAUACUGGAAAUGCUCAGAUUCCUGCUACAUGGUUGUCUGAAUUCCUCAAAUUAGCAAAAGCAUUAGAUUUGAAAGGUAUCAAGACUAACCCAGGAGAGCUAGUGUUGCCAGAAGAACCUCAUCCAUUACCUCAGCAAGCAAAACCCUUCAAGAAACCAAAAACUCAAAAGCGUAAAAUUCCUAACCAAGAUGUUCACAUUUCAAAAUCCAAGAGAACUGGAGGAGAGCAAAAUGUGGAAAUGGCUCAGCCUUUACCUUCACCUCCAGUAUCACUGCCACCUCCCAUCAAACCUGUAUCGUCUCUCCAACCACAUGAAGGAAGAUUCAGUAUGGAACCUUUGGUGGCUUCGUUCAAGGAGCAAUUACAUCAACCGAUUUCCCCUCAAGAAGUAGUGAUUAUAGAUAAUGAAGAUAGUCCAUCAAUCUUUAAGGACAAGAUCAACUUUCCUAUCAUCCAAGGCCCUUUCACAGUUGAGAAGAAGGAAGCAGUUGAAACCUCUCUAGUUGCAUUAGAGGAAGGAAAAGUUGACGUUGGCUCACGCGAGUUUGAGGAUGACGACAAGAUGAGUAUUUUGUCCCAUCUGAGUGAAGUACCAUCAUUGGGAGGAUUUGAAGAGUCAGAAAUGCUUAGAACAAAUGAGAAUGAAAAACUCAAGGUAAUAUGCAAUGUUCAGAGGUACUUGCUUGGAGCUGUUUCAUUUGAAUGAAACAAAGACAAGUGAGCCCAUGUGGAGUGCAACUGGAACUGGAAGAGUCAAGUCUAAAUCUUCAGAAGGUGCCUCAGAUGAGGACCAAGAAGCUUCAGGCUGUGCUGCUAAGGGGCCAUUGAGAAUCCCAUAUGAUGUUCUCAAAAUCAACUUGUUCAAUGGGACAUUUAAAAAUUGCAUGGCUGACAGCAGGGAAACCAUGAUAUCUGAAAUGGAUACAGAACCUCUCCUCCCAACAACAGCAAUAUUAUCUCGUACUUCAGAGAGCAUAGCUCGGUCUCAGCAAGUAGCUUCUGAGACUGAGCAGAUAGGCACAGAAGUGAUAGCAGACCUUGGGGAACAGCGGGAGGCACUUCUUCGCGCACGCAAUCGACUUCGAGACACAGACACAGACUUGGGGAAAACUCGACGUAUACUUCGUUCCAUGUACUGGAAUGUAAUCUCCAACAAGCUCUUCCUAAUUGUAAUCAUCUUGAUGGAGAUUUUCAUCUUGGUUGGAUUGGUUUAUUGGAAAUUCUUUUCAAAGAAGUGA